AUGGUAUACUAUAUUCGCUUCCUCAAAACCCCCCGACUGGCCAAGCAGAAAGGCGCGGUCUCAGUCUCUGCCUUGACCUGCAUCACCACAGAUCUGGGCGAUGCUUUUCUCACCGAAGAUGUGGAUUUGUAUGUGACUCUGCUCGCUCAUGGUACAGAAAAGGUCCUGUAUCAGGAACCUGUGACAUGGAAGGCUGGCAAGCGUGAGCUCUCACUCUCGCUGGGGCCCUUCCCAGCCAGUCUGUCCCAGCAUACGCUCGUGCUAGCUGUGACAACAGCUACCUCCGGAAAGCUGCAAGGGCCAUCACCAGACUCACUAAUUGGAAAGUCCGAACUUCCAUUAGUGGUAUCUGGCUGGAGUGCUCCAUUCGGCGGGUCACAGACUUUAGUGGCCGAAAAGCUGGUCGAACGACGCUUUGGGCCGAAUGAUAAGCUCGGCCUGAGAAUCUGGGAAGAGACCGGCAACAGUAUUGCUCGCCAUAUCUGGGACGCGGCAGUAGCGGCAGUCAUCUACCUUCAGAAGAUUAUAGCGGGAGAUCCCAAGAUCUCUGCACCAUUCCUGCAGGCCGUUCUUCAAAGGUCCCGCAGUAGCCCCUUACGUGCCAUUGAGUUGGGGUCAGGAUGUGGCAUUGUGGGUGUCGCGCUAGCCGAGCUUCUCCCAGGGUGCUCGAUAACGCUCACUGACUUACCUGAGGUCGAGGAGAUCGUAACGAAGAAUAUUGCAGUCGCACGGCCUGCUGAGUCUUCGACGCUCCAGUUUCAGACUUUGGACUGGGAUGAGACGCUUCCGGCGGAACUGUGCGGGGGCUCAAUAGACUUGGUCCUUGUCUCAGACUGCACCUACAAUGCGGAUAGCUUGCCUGCGCUGGUUUCGGUGCUAGAACGCUUGCUGCAGGUGUCGCCUGAUGCAGUCAUUUUGGUGGCGUUGAAAAGGCGGCAUGAAAGUGAAACGAUUUUCUUCGACCUCAUGCGGUCUGCCAAGCUGUGCAAUCUGCAUCUGGAUCAUAUGCAGCUUCCUUCCGAGCAUGACCAGCAUGAUCAAAUUGAACUGCAUUGUUUUGGUCGAGAGGGGAGACAACAGGGCUGA